UUAGUUAACAAUGUAUUACAGGCAUUUAAUUGCUCUCGUUUUGUUUGCAGUCGCAGCAGUUGCAUCGCAGGAUCUGGUCGAACCUCUUGUUUGCAAUGGCGAAUCCAAUGGACGCAUUGUUAAUGGCAAUGCGGCUGUACCAAAACAAAUCCCCUACCAAGUUGGCUUAAUUAUAUACAUUGGUAAUUCAAAAUACUGGUGUGGUGGCUCUUUAAUUUCCAACAUUUACGUAGCAACUGCUGGUCACUGUGCAAAAGGCGCUUUUAAAGCUAUUGUAUUACUGGGAGCCACCAAUAUCGAUGAUCCGAAUGAAGUGGGCCAAAUACGAAUUACAGUCAAUGAAGCUAGCUUCAUUGUACAUGAAGAUUAUGAUGAGGCUACUCUAGAUAAUGAUAUUGCCCUUAUUCGAUUAACGGAAGCAGUCGUCUACAACGAAUAUAUUAGCAAUAUAAAGUUACCCAAAAAUGUUGGACCCUACCCAUCGUAUGCAGGUGAAAUGGCUAGAAUAUCUGGAUGGGGCAAAGAAAGUAGUGCUGCCACAAAUAUAACGAAUAUUCUUCGUUACGCUGAUGUUUGCAUUCAACCAAAUUUCAUCUGUUACAUACAAUAUUUCGGAUCUAUUAAAUCAACAAAUAUAUGUGCUUAUGGUUUACUUUUGAAAGCAACAUGUAAUGGGGAUUCUGGUGGUCCUUUAGCCUUUAAGGUUGGCGAUGAUUAUGUUCUAAUUGGGAUUGUAUCAUUCGGAUUCGUACUUGGUUGUGAUAGAGGAUGGUCAUCAGGAUUUACCCGUGUAACUUCAUACAUGCCAUGGAUAUAUUCAAAAACAGGGAUUAUAAGCCCAUAGUGGAGUUCAUAUAAUAUUUAUUAUUACUAAUAAAUGAAAUUUUCACAAAAUAAAAAAAACACUUUGUAACUCAAAAUGUAUCUAUGAAUUUUCCAAAUAAAAUAUUAAAAACAACAAUAAA